AUGAUCUUCCGCCUCGCUACUCUGCCAGAGCACAACGAGAACAACAUCUACUGGACUUGUGACCGGGAGCAUCAUUCGGACGACGCUCUGGUACAGAGGUACCACACCUCGCUCCUCCUUACGUGUCGCCUCAUCUGGCUCGAGACAAAUGAGCUUCCGCUCGGACGGGAGACUCAUCACUUCUACUUCCCUUCCGCGGAUCCUCAUUCAAACAAGAGCAAAUACGACUAUGUGGCCGGAAAGAUCAGGGAGCGCCACGCGGCUUUGUGGACAUUGCUACCUUUCAGCGGCAAGCGCAAACUCUACCAUCUUCAUUAUCACAUGCACGAACAGGCGGACGUCGAAAACAACCGCUUGACACUCCCGUACGAACUGAUGCGUCAUCUCACCAACAUGUGGCCUUCACCACCGAUCACCCCACCAAAGAUGAUCACAUUCAGCUUCAAGGUCAACAUGUGGUACUUUGAAGAACUCGAGGGGGAAGCAGGGGAAGAACAGAAGGCCGCGGACAAGCUACCGGUCAUACGCUCAUUCGUCCAAGAGGCUGCUGCUUGUGGCGUGCAAACCGUUCGCAUCGUGGUUGGAGGCACAUCGACGAGCUUUCCAAAUUUCAAGGACAUGGUGGAGCAAGACGAAAGCUUGAGGGUUGCAAGAGGUGACAGCGCGCCAACCAAAAUGAAUCCGCCUCUACUCGGAGCAACUCGUCUGAGCCUCAAACUGCCGGGGGAAGAGAGUCCGGAAAUGGUGGAUGUUAGAUUGUUGAACAAGGAAGGAGAGGUUGAGAGUGUGGUAGAGGAGAUGUUCUGCUCGGUCGCGUGGACAUGGGAGCAAGUCGGCUCAGCGACGAAGAGUUACGACAACGGCAGAGCGAAGGCAUACUCGACUCUGCCUACCAAGUACAUCAACCUUGCAAAGGAGUACAAGAAGACGUGGGAAAGCCAAGGGAGCUUGCUGAAGUUUGUGGAGUGA